AUGAAGAUUGAUAACAAUACACUGUCAACAUCAGAAUUUAAUAAAAUGGCAUGGAAUGAAAAUGGUUUCGAAAACAAGUUGGAUGACAGUAAAGCUGGGAAUAAGGGCGCAUUUUUACUCGAUUUCCAGUCAAAUCAGAAUAACAAAGUCAGCGCAUGUGAAGAUGAUGGAUGUAAACCACAAGUUAAUUUUACUUCAGUAAAUUGUAUGACUCCAUCAACUGUUGCUUUACGUAAAAAAGGAAUCAAAUCAACAUUUAUACUAAAAGAUACACGAAGUCAUCAAUUAAGCAGAAGGUCAGUCGUUAAACAAAAUGGUACUGUGGAAAUUUCUCAGAAUACAAGUCCAAAGAAAAAACAAUCAACUCAAGAAGUUGAAUCGAUAAGUGAUUCUGUUAACACAGUGAAUAAAUUUAAUAAUACAAAUAAGGAUAUUCUAUUAAAUUCCAACACUUUUCGUCUAUCAGAUACUAAACAUAUUGAAAAAUCAAUGCAUAUGAAUAGUCUUGAUGUGGUGGAUAAACUUUCUAUUGAAAAUGUUAAUAAUACACCAAAAGAAGUACAUAUCCAGUUGAAUAGAACUUCCGCUAAACAAAUCAACCACAAGGAGGAUUAUUCAACACCAGAUCGUAGAGAUAAUUUAUCUACCAAUAUCGAUAGAAAAAUAAAAAUUGAUGAUAAACAUAUCAGAAAGGAUGCCACUUUAAGACCAAAUUCUUUAAUACUUCCAAAUGCACCAAAAGCAGUAGAUUUCCUACUUCCUAAUAAACGUACUCAACCGAGUGAACCUAAUGCUGAGUCUGUUGAUCGUAGUGUUAAACUGAAAAAUAAAAAAAGAGGAGGGAAAACUUUAUCAGCAUCAUGGAAACCAAUUAUGCCUCCUAAUGAAGAGAAGGAUAAACAACCCCUGAAUCGAAAAGAGAGAAUUGAUUCUAUGCAUGAAAAAGGAUAUGGUAGAAUUUCUUCCUACAAAACCUAUGAAAAGCUGGGUGAGGGAACAUAUGCAACUGUAUACAAAGGCUACAGUCUUGUGUCUAAACAACCAGUGGCACUGAAACGUAUACGUAUGAGAAAAUCAGAAGGUGCACCGUGUACAGCUAUACGCGAAAUCAGUUUAUUACGAGGACUUAAUCAUGCGAAUAUUAUAAAACUACAUGACGUUAUCUAUGAGGCUGAAUCAUUAACAUUGGUGUUCGAGUUUGGAGGUAAAGAUCUAAGAAGCUACAUGCGUUCGCGUAACAAUCACUUAUCAAUGAAUUUAGUUCGACUAUUCGCCUUUCAAAUAUUUCGUGGACUUGAAUACUGUCAUGCACGACAAAUUCUACAUCGUGAUUUAAAACCACAGAAUUUACUUAUCAAUCAAAAUGGAGAUUUAAAACUGGCUGAUUUCGGUCUGGCACGUUCACAAUCUGUACCAAUCAAAACGUACUCUAGUGAAGUAGUAACACUUUGGUAUCGACCACCUGAUGUGCUUCUAGGUGAUAAAAAUUACUCUGGUCACAUCGAUAUUUGGGGAGUUGGUUGCAUUCUUUAUGAAAUGACAACUGGCUACAGUCUUUUCCCUGGUACCUCAAAAGAAGAUCAAGUAAAGAUUAUCUUUAAAAAAUUUGGAAUUCCACCGGAAUGCUAUUGGCCAGGUUUAAGGGAUAAUCCAAAAUUUAUAGAAUACUUCAGUCCACAUCAAAACGAUCGUCUUAAAGCAUCCAACUUUUCUAAAUCAUCAUCUGAUCUUCGUGAAUCCAAUGAAAAAGUUAUAGUCUUAAAACAAAAUAAAGUGGAUGAGACUAGUUCAAUGAAUAUUGACGAGUACAAUAGUCAUAUAAUGAAAAAACUUUCAUCUUCUGCUUCUAGAUUAAAUCCAGAAGGACAAGAUUUAUUAUUCUCAUGUCUUGCACUUGUUGGACAUCGUCGAAUCACAGCAUUUAAUGCAUUAAAACACACAUAUUUUAAAGAUAUUCUACCCUCUGGUAUAAAUGUACAUGAUUUAUUACCAGAACAAUCUAUCGCUUUUCUUGCUGGUGAACACAUAAAAUCGAAAUUUAGAUCUGAAUUCGAGUAUACUAAGAGUAAUAAAAACUCAAUCGCUCUAAGUUCUGCAGCAUCCUAUGGUAAUGAACUAAAAGGCUACGAGAAGUUAUCCAAAAGUUUAACAAAUCUGAAUACAAAUGUUCCUCACCUAUCAAAAGAGUCAAAAGUAUCAAAUUCUCUGGCGCACAUACGUAACUCAAUUGAUCAAACCUCAUCCUCUAAAGAUAGUCAACCUUCUCAACCGAUUCAAUCGAAAGAACCACAGAAAUCUCGUCAACGUCGUCAUCAUCUCUAUCAUACCAAGCGAAAUGCCUACACUAGCCAGAAGCUUGAUUCACCUAAAAGUUGUAGCCUCUCUGACAUUGACCAUGCGCUUAGUGUAUGCAGUGAUUAUGAUUUAGUAUAUCACAGGAAUGUGAAACAACGUCAGCCGCCGCACCGAAAACAUCAACAUCAACAACAACAAUUUCAUUAACAUCAAUAGAUAAAGCAGUAGAUUUAGAAAAGCAGACGAAAUCAUCCAGCAGAAAAUUUAGAUCGAUUUCAUCAGUAUUAGGAAGUAGAUUAUUCUCUUAUCCAAGAAGUAGUAGUAGUAUUUGCAGUAGUGUAUGCAGUAACAGUGUUAGUAGUACUACAUCAAUUAGCAAUCAGUCAUCAAAGAGUUUGAAAACAUCUCUAAGGCAUAAACUGUCUUCAAUCCAAUCAAAAACAAAAGGACUUCGAAAUCGGAUAAAAUCUUCAUCGCACAGUCAAUUAACCAUUGAACGUCCAUCCAGUGCAGUACCAAUAAUAACAAAAUCUUCUCAGCAGACAAAUGCUAACUAUUCAGGAGAUAUGAAGAGUCGAAAUUCCAGUAAUAGCAAUAACAAUACUAUGACACAUGAAAAUAAUGACGUAAUUACACGCGGUGUCGAAAAGAAUGUGACCAUUGGUAAAACUUGUGAUGUAAAAAGUGACCAGAAAUAUUUACCAAUACAAGGUUCGCUGGAUAAUUGUCUUAAAUAUCCUAUAGAAAGCAUAAAAGGUAUCAAUGAAACUUCUGUACAUACAACUAAACCAAUUCAUAUAACCUACAGUCCAUCCUAUCAACAAGGUGAUAAAAUUAAUUCAGAAUAUACUAAUCAUUUAUUAAAAAAUUCUAGCAUUUCUAUAAAUCAUUGUAAAGAUAUUCAAUUGAAUAAUCAAUCAUCACCAUCAUCAGAAUUUAUUAAACAACAUAUUCGUAUAAAUGACUUAAAUUCAAAAAGUGGACAUCCUGCACACAAUUUUAUAUCAAAUAUUUUACAACAUUCAAAUAAUUGCCGUAAAAGUUGGAAUAGUUCUGGUUCAUCUAAUCUUGAUACUCCAUUGGAUGAACAAAGCGUAUGCAAAUAAAGCAAAUAAAACCGUGCUUACCAACGGCUAUUUCAAUGACAAAAUGUAAAGAAAAACAACAAAGUCACGUGAUACAUAUCUUGAAAAAAAAGAAAAAGUUACAAGAUUUCUUUCAAUGUAUCAAUGUAAAAUAAUUUUUAAAUUAUCAUAAUCCAUAUGAAUGUAUGCAUACAUCCACUAAUCGUAAACAACAUUCUGAACCCUUAAAUAUCAUUUUUAAUUAUAUAUUUAUCGUUGAUCCUCUGUUAGUCUUUCUACUGCUUUCGUUAUCAUUAUUAUUAUUAUUACUAUUAUUACUGUGACCGUUAGAUUAUUUUUCUUAAAGAAACGAAGCUGAAAUCUCCUUUAGCUUAUUUAAUAAAUGCAAGCAAGCUUCUUUGUUUCUAUUUUACUUCAAUAGGCAUAUAUUACCAUUACAAAUAGUUAUACCUACCGGUUUCUUAUCUUCACAUUGAUUACUCCUUUGUUCUACAGAUUUAUUUGUCUAACCCUCUGAUAAAACUAUGAUCAUGAUAUUUAUUAUUCAGAGAUUUAAAAAUUAAAUAUCGAUUGUUACGCCAUUGUGUUAUUUUUGCUUUAUAUAAACAACAAAAAACAACAACGUGUACUUUACUUACUAAGGUUGCUUUUUAUUGUAUUUCAAAUGUAUAAAAUCUUCGUUAUUACUCUAU